AAUUAUUUACAAAUCUUCUUAAAUGGUUCUUUUAACGAAAUCAGAUAUUAUUAGAAAAUGUAUAUUAUGAGUUUAAUAAUUUUUUAGAAAUCCAUAAAAAAUCUGACCAGAGGAGUAAGUAGAAGAAAAAGGUUGAUGGUAAUAACAAAUAUAAAUAUAAUAAAUAUGAGAAAAUAUAGCAAUAUAAAACCAAUCAUUCUCCUCAUAAUACAAAUUAAUAUCUCCUUAGUAAAUUUAUUGAGCAGCCGUCUACAUCUUUGUCUGCUCCUGAAAGUAUACUUGAUAUCUUGUUAUUUUCAAUGCCUUGAAAAGGAAACC